AUGGCGACCUCACGUCUUACAAAUAACGUUGUGGCGAAGAAGUGGAAUGAACUCCCACCAUUUACGGGGAAGUUUUCACGCCGACUAGCGAACCUCAAGGCGCCCCGGUCAGUCGAACAAUCAGUACCAUCACCGGUGGCAAAAUCUGAAAUUCGUACGCACAUCAGAGUCGAUGUGGAUCCAAAGGGAAAACGUCAGGACAACAAUGGUCCCAUCCUCAUCGUCGACAGACGGCCUCAACAGCAUCGAUUACCUCUUUUUGGCGACGAUGAUCAACAUGAUUCUGAUGAUUCGCUUCGGUGGCAAUCAUAUGAUGAAUAG